AUGGAGCGCUCGUUGUCGCGUUCCGGCGCGCGGAUGCGCUCGUCGCGCGUCGUGGAUAACCAGGAUGUGUCGCCCUUCUCAGUCUCGAAGAGCUCGUCAUCGUCACCUGAAGAUCGCGGUCGUGACAUUCUGCUGGGUCUAUUAAGACAGAUCACUGAGUUUCUUGAACGCAAGGAGAUGAUGAGCACUCGAGUAGCAGCGUCCAAGGAGUGGAGGAAGAGCCGCAGUCGACGACGCUCUGAAAGCAGCAACAACCUGUUCGAAGUGGUCAUUCAGGUCUGCGAGCAGCGGAUGCGACGACUCAAACGAUCGACUUCGGGAGAUUAUGGAGGACGAGAAGAGGAAGAGUGGAGCGCCCAAUCCCCACGAUUGUUGGUGGCUGAAGCGAUCGUACAGGAACUUCUCGUGAGUUUAAUGGAGCUGCGGAUGAAGGAGAAGGAGAGAAUGGUGAUGGAUGAAGUGGAAAGUGUCGAGAUCAUGCGUCAACUGCACGUGCAUCUGCAGAAAGACGAGGAACUAGUUCGCAGUAAAGUUUGUAUCGGCGCAGGCGAUGAACAGCAAUUGGAGGAACUUCAGCUGAUGCUAAGGACGGAUUUCUUAGAGGAAGUGGCGGGUGUCGAGAGUCCGCAGAAGAAACAGCAGGCAGACUCGGCAGCUAACAAUGAGGCAUCGCUACAGUUUGCGUGGGAGACAAUUGAUGACCAGAAGAAGGAGAUCAUUCGACUACGAGCAGAAAACGAGAGACUCAAGCGCUUGGAAAGCAGCUCCGACGCAAGUUCUGCGUCGUUUUUCGACGACGAACCAGCCAAAGUGAUCGGUCUACUGCGCUCACAGCUGUCCUCUCACCACGACAAGAACUUGGAUAUUCUUCACGACCACAUCCAGAAACUGGAGAAGGCGUUAGAGAACUCGACAGCUUCAUCUCGAAAGGCGAGACGAGGCUGGGAUGGCUCCAAGUCGACGUUUGAGUCCACUCGUAGCCAUGACAAGGACGACUGGUCCUCGUCUUUGCUGUCUCGCAGCACCGUCGGCACAGACUUUUCACGGACGACAAGUUUCCCGCAGAAAAUGCGAAAGAAGAUGAUCCAGCUACGCGCACACGCCGCAACAGACGAAGAAUCGCUGCUUCAAGCUGAAAAAGACCGGGGCCAUCUGCAGCGAGAGAACUCUGCACUCUCGUCUGCGCUCCUAUCAGCGAAGCAGAAGCAGGAAGAACUGCGUCAGAUGAUUCUAGAUCUGACGCAGGAAAAGCACCAGCUCCAGAAUUUAGGCGACGCGGAACAAAGAACUUGUGAACGCAGUAUUCGCGUGCUGAAAGAGCAGCUGGACGCGUUAGAAGAGCAGAAAGCGCAUUUGAAGCGGAAAUUCGACGACCUUGUCGGAAAAUAUGACGCUGAAGCCAGCGAGAAGCGAGCAUUUGCAAUGAAGUACACAGAUCUAAAUGACACGCACACUAAUCUGACCCAGUCGACUGCUGAGCUGGAGAAACAAGUGGCGAGUUUACAUGAGACUGCUCGACGUUGCGAGACGAUGGUGGGAGACCGAGAUACAGCGCUAAAGGACUUGCAAGACCAACUUAGCGUGAAGGAGCAGGAUGGAGCAGCACAAAUCACCGAGCUACAGGAGAAGGAAACUCAAAUUACCGAUUUGAAGAUCCAGUUAUCUGAAUUACAGCGCAGUUACGGCGGUCUCGAGGUGGAGAAGCGCCGAUCAGCUGGAGAAAUCGAGAGGCUUUUACAAACGCUCGACGAGUGUAAGAGGAAGAAUCAGCGUCUUGAAAAGGGCUUUGAGGAGCUAAAACAGGGAAAGGAAUUUCUCGCAAGUCUGCAAAAAGUGGAGAGAGGAGCGUCAGCACUACAACUGAGUGAGUUACAACAGACUCGGGAGAGGGUUGAAGCGUUAAAACUGCAGCUAUCAGCGGCUAAAUCUGAGCACUCUCAGCUGGAGCAAGCCUUGUCGGGGGCUAAUGAGGCGAAGAACAUAGGCGAAACUCAGCAUAACGCAGAGAUGGAGCGAACGCAGCGCGAACUAGACACUGUGAGACAGCAAUGCUUAUCGCUUGAACAGGAGCUGAAGAACGAGAAAGCAGCUCUAGAGAAUGCGCAGCGAGAGAGCUGCGAGCGGGUCGAGGAUUUGUCCCAAGAGCUGGCAGAAUCCAAGACAACGAUGCUCAUGUGGAUGAACAAGUACAACACGCUAAGUGAAGACAAGCAGGCGUUGGAGCACGACGUCCAGAGUCUGUCCGAAGAGCAGUACAGUCUGCAGCGAUCGGUCGAGGAACUCCAAGCUGAUAGUGAAGCACAGACUCAUGAUAGAAUCGAGAAUGAAGCGGCUCUCAAGGGAGAGAUAUCGUCUUUAACUGAGCAGCAUCGCACGAUGGAACGAGAGAAGAAGGCGCUAGUCAAACUGGUCCAAACACUGCAAGCACGUCCGGAGUUGCAGCAGCGAGCGUUCCGUGAAAUGCUAAUGGCAUGUCAACGAGGAACAGAGCGCUCCUUCUGUCAGCUUUCAGAACGGGUUAACGUCGCGUUGAAGAAGUUGAGCUCAGUGGAGAAACGAUAUCAGACACUGCGAUCGCACUUAGCUGCCCGCAAAGUGGCGAGGGAGGACGACUCGGCGUCGGAUGAAGGCGAAUGUCGGGUCGCUCCGAAGCCAGCGUCACCACAAAUUGUCGUACAAGAUGAAGACUUUCUAAGUAGCACAGCAGAGACAAUAGAUGCUCUGGAGAUGGACUUGAGGCACUGGAAGUGGAAGUUCUUCGUGCAGUGCUUGGUGGCUAACUCAACCAAACAAGCGAAUAACGACCUUACAGCUCAAUUGAGGGAGUCGUUCAACACUGUCGACCACCUCAAGAAGUCCACUCGUCUCCUCGCUUGGCACAAGUUGAAAAUUAAAUUGGAGAAUCAACAACUCCACAAAUUGCAAUAUCUCAGCGUUGUAUUAGCUCGACAACAGUCAAAGAAACUGCUGCUAAGUCAACAGACUCAAUAUUUCGACAACUGGAAACAUCGAGCUCGAGUACAGAAGUACCGAGCAGAGCUAAACGCCAGUGCGAAUGGCCCUCUGCGGCCCUCGUUUUCACCCACUACGACAAUGGCUUUGGCUAACUGCAUCCAACUAGUGCGUAAGUUCUGCGAACCUGCACGAAAGAAUGACAAAGGGGGAGCUACCGAGCGAGCAAAGUCCUCGCAGACUCGUGGAGCUGACGAGUUAACGGACUAUUUGGUCGAAAUUAACACGAAAGUGGCCAGCUGGAAAGUGGCGGUGGAUCGUAAAAUCGCAGAGUACACUGAACGGAACAAGCAACUUAAGUCCGUUCAGCGGAGGUGUGCUGAGCUUAAGGACCUGGUGGGCUUGAACCAGCGCCUCAUCGAGGAAAUGGAGCGCCGCUCUGCCGGUCAACAAAGCGUUGUGGAAGCCGCCUGGGAUUUCGCCACGGCGUAUAAAGCUCUGUCGCCUUCUGCGAGAGCUCAGGUGUUCCAGUCGCGCGACUUCCUCUCAGCCUCCAAGGGGAUCGUAGAGGGUCUUAACUCGCUGGGACUACCUCGCUCAGUGAAUAAACUCAGCCAGACUCUCGGCUCCAAUUCCGUUCGCAAGACUCAUGGCAAGAAAGUAUUAUCGUCUAACACUGUGAACUUCCAUUCAGCUAGUGCGGCACCAGGUGUAACAAGCUCAAACAGCUCAAUGAUACGAGCUGAAAAGUCUCAGCAAAGCCUCAAUGACUCGAACAUUGAACUGCUGGAAGACGCUGUCGGCUCGUUGAGAGGAGCAAUGCAAAAGCAACGCAAACUUCAGUCGGAUCUAAAGGAGAAGGAACGAUCACUGACUAUCACGACGAAAGAAUUGCAAAGACGCAACCUGCAGUUUCUAAUGUUGAGAUCGUUCCUACAAUGGAAAUGUGCCAGCUCGAAUCGAGUCCGUCGCAAAGGCCGGCAACAUGUCGCUCCUACGCAUGAUGUGAACCGAGCUUGA